AUGGCAGAGGACUUGUCCAAAGGCAAUCGAAGGGAUACUGGCUGGAAAUAUAAUCAUUUGAAGGAUCCUAAUGACACUACAAGAGUCACAUGCAAUUUUUGUGAAAAAAUUACCACUGGUGGAAUUAAUCGGGCAAAACAACAUUUGAUUAGAAACUUUGGGAAUGCAGCAAAGUGUGCAGAAUGCCCACAGGAGGUUAGAGAGGAAUUGAAAAAUUACAUGGAGGAGAAAAAAAUAAGAAAGGAAGUCUAUACUAACGAAUUUUUUGGACUUGAUGAGUUUGAUUAUCAAGAUGAUGUUGGUGGAGAAGAUGAAGUCCACGAAAUCAUUCAUAAGAAAAGAGGUGGAGGAAGCUCACCUAGUGGCUCUAUGUUUAUGGAGUCAAUAGAUGCUUCCUCAUUUGUUAAGACCGGAGAAAAACUAUGUGAAUUGCUUGAUAGAUAUGUGGAGCGUAUUGGAGAGCAUAAUGUGCUUCAAGUCAACUCUUACAGAAAAAAAAAAGAAGAGACGCCAUGUGCAGCGCACUGUAUAGAUCUUAUGUUGGAAGACAUAGAGAAGAUUCCAAACAUUAAGAAAGCCCUUCAAAGAGCAAUUGCCCUUGUCGGUUUCAUUUAUGGGCACUCAGGAGUCUUAAAUAUGAUGAGAGAUUUCACAAAAAAUAAAGAGUUGGUAAAAUUUGGGAUUACUCAAUUUGCAACGAGUUUUUUUGACUUUGCAACGAUUGCACUGUCAAAAACUAAUUUACGAGCAAUGUUUACAUCUGACAAAUGGGUGAUUAGUAGAUGGUCUAAGUUACCAAAGGGAAAAAGUGUAGCUCAUACCGUUUUGAUGGCAACAUUCUGGAACCAGGUUGUGUAUAUUUUGAAAAUAAUAGGGACUCUUGUUAAAGUGUUGUGA